UCUUCUCUCCUCCCUUUUCUCUCUCUCUCUCUCUCACUCAAAAAGAAAAAAAAAUCCCACCCUCCUCUCGCCUUAUUCCCAUUAUUUCGGCUUCAUCGCUGGAGUUAUUCAUUGCUGAGCUUUUCGCAAAGGAGGGAGGCGCGCCGGAGGAAGGGGCGACGCAGGCAGAAAAGCGCAGCAAGAGGGGAAAAUAUUUCUCCAAAAAAAAAGGAAGAAGAGGAGGAGGAGGAGGAAAAGGAGAGGGGGCUACUGGUUGCAAAUGAAUUCUUCCUUUGGCCCCCCUUUUCUUCUAUCUUGCAACACACACUUUCCCCCCCAGCGCCUUCCAGCACCGAAGGAGCUCAGCGCACAAUCCGGAAAAGGCGAAGUGGAUAAGAUUUCUCCUGCGUUCCUGCGUUGUUAUUCUUGGGUGUGUGUGUGUAUAUGCGUGUGUGCCUCUCUUUUUCUCUCUGUGUGUGUUUUCCCCCCUCCCCGAUCCCCCCCUUUCCCCCUUCCUUCUUUCUUUCCUUCUCACCCCCUCCAAAAAGAUGCGUUUCUUCCUCCCCAGAUUAUUGUCUCCAUCUUCUCCUCUGGAUCUGGGCAGGCGCCUCAAACUUUCCGGAUCUGCCGAAAAGCUGGUGCCAAGGCGAGGAUUUAUAAAACUUUACUGACCGAGGGGAUUUAGACAGACCUCGAUAGACCCAUCCUUUUUUUAAAAAAAAACAACAAACCUCUCUCUCCCUUUCUCUCUCGAUCUCUUUUUUUUAAACAUGCAAAAUAACAAUAUUAUUAGUAUUCUCUUUUGCGUGCGUCUGCGCUUUUAGCCCCGGUCUGUUUGCAAAAAAAAAAAAGGAGUGCUGUUCUCUGUCUCUGCCUUCUUGGAUUUUUGUGUGUGUGCGCGAGAGAGAGAGAGAUUGUCAAAGAAAGAAAACAAAGGAGAAGAAAGAGAGAAAAGGGGGGGGGAGAGAAAAAAGACUGAAGGGGAUUUGGUGCCCCCCUUCCUCCACAAAAAAAAGGAGUUGUGCCUCUCUCGCAGUAAUGGCCCCAGGAAUCUCAUGGGUUGGAUUUUAUACAGGUCUCCUGUUCGCUCUGCUAGAACUCUGGUUUAUAGAAGGGCUCAGUUUGGAACCAAUCUAUUGGAACACUUCGAACAAAAAGUUCCAGAACGAGGAGGGCUACGUUUUGUACCCCCAGAUUGGCGACCGCCUGGACCUCAUCUGCCCCCGCUCUGUGCCGCUGGGCCCCUUUUCCACAGAGGACUAUGAAUAUUACAAGCUGUACCUGGUCCAGACGGAGCAGGCCGAGCGCUGCGAGAUCCUCCGCACCCCCAACCUACUGCUCACCUGCGACCGGCCCGAGCAAGACAUGCGCUUCACAAUCAAGUUCCAGGAGUACAGCCCCAAUCUCUGGGGCCACGAAUUCAAGACCAACCAGGACUAUUACAUCAUCACAACUUCAGAUGGUACCAAGGAAGGGCUUGAGAACAUGAAGGGCGGUGCCUGCCUCUCCAAAGGCAUGAAAGUCGUCUUGAAAGUCGGGCAGCAUCCCAACACGGGCUCCAAAACCCCGAAGUCCGUUCCAGACACGCCUACCGAGAAGGAGAGAGGGACGUCUGGGGCAGCCGAGCCCAGCAAGGAGGUCAACCCAGGACCCCCGACUGGAAACGCCACCGGGAAGGUGGGAGGCGAGAAUGGCCCCCUGCCCCAGUCCAGCGUCCCGAUCAUCGCGGGGGCCGCCGGAGGGGCCGCCUUUGUCCUGCUGGUGGCGGCCGCCGUGACGGGCGCCCUCUGCUACCGCCGGCGCCGGGCCAAGCACAGCGAGUCCCACCACCCGCCGCUCUCGCUCAGCACCCUGACCAGCCCCAAGCGGGGGGGCGGCGGCGGGGGCAACAACAACGGCUCGGAGCCCAGCGACAUCAUCAUCCCGCUCCGGACUUCAGACAGCGCCUUCUGCCCCCACUACGAGAAGGUCAGCGGGGACUACGGCCACCCGGUCUACAUCGUUCAGGAGAUGCCCCCCCAGAGCCCUGCCAACAUCUACUACAAAGUAUGAGGGGGGUGCGCAGCACGGCUCCCUCCUGGCGGAGGCUGCGCCCCCCCGGCCAUCACCACCACACCCCCCAACGGCGGGGAGGAACCUCGGCACGGACCGGGGGGACGUUGCCGCCCCUCUCGCCCGGCCUGGAUACUGGGGUCCGUGCACAGCUGCGGGGACCCCCCUCUACGGCAUUCAAGGGGGGUUCCCGGGAUUUGGACUUGGGCAGAGGGAAGGACCCUCCAUCUUGCUGUCUCCUCCUCCUCCUCCUCUCUCUCGGUGGAUUUGGGCCUGGCUCAGAUGGACAGGCUGAGAGAAUCGACCCCCUUUCCGCCAGGCGCCAGCGAGCUUAACAGAGACAAGACUCCCUUUCGCCCCACUUCCGGGUGCGAGGAGGGAAGGACUGGGCUCCCACGUCGGCUGAUUUCUUUCCAGAUAGGGACACACACUCACUCUCCCACACACAGACUCACAUCCCUCCAUUUCUCUCCUGCAAUGCGCCCCACAAUCCAGUUCCAAUGGAUUUCUCACCCCUGUUCAACAAAUGAAGGUGACUUAGGGCCCAUACGCACUUCCGUUUGCCCCGGGGAAACCCGAUCUUUAGCGCUGAAUCGGAACAAACGGCAACCGGGUUUUCCGCACAUGGCUGUUUGUUCCGAUUUAGCAAUAAAGCACAUUUUUUCCCCUGGGGGAACGCAGCGAGGGAAAGGCUUUCUAGGCAAAGGACGAGCGAAAUUGUGGGCGAGCCCUUACUUAUUAACAUCCACCAAAAUGAAUUAAAGUGGGGCGGUGUUUCUCUUUUUUUUAAAAAAAAAAUCACGCACAAAUUUCCUUGCACAAUUUCAAAUUCUUUUUGACAACAUACUCAAGGGUCACGCUGUUGUGGUCAGAUGGUUUUGGGGGAAGCAGCAACGGGUUAAGCAUAAUGUUGUCGCUAUUCUCCCCCCCCCCCCCCGGGAAAACACCCUACCGAGACUUAAUAGUUACCUUUCCAUUCCCACCCCGGAUACGUCCCUCAAAACUGACAUUUCAAGUAUUAAAUCUGAGAAUCUUGAAGGUUUGCAGGGUUUCUUCUGCCAAGUUACCUUUUGGCUCUGCAGAACCUGCCCUGUUCCUCUCGGCUUCUGUGAGGAGAUAAUUCGGUGGCAAACUCCAUUACCCAACUCUCUCCCCGCCCAAGAAAAGCACAAGGCCAGGGCAGGUGUAAGGGAGCAAUUUUGCCUGUCCCAUUUUGUUUCCCCCCAUUUUAGGUUCUGCUAGGGAAAGAGUUGAGGCCUCCUUUCCCAGCCUGCAUUUGUUUUGGACUACAAUUUCAGCCCAUAAUAAUAAUAAUUUAUUAUUUAUAACCCCCCCCCCAUCUGGCUGGGCUUCCCCAGCCACUCUGGGCGGCUUCCAGCAAAAUAUUAAAAUACAGUAAUGCAUCAAACAUUAAAAGCUUCCCUAAACAGGGCUGCCUUCAGAUGUCUUCUAAAAGUCUGGCAGUUGUUUAUUUCUUUGACAUCUGACAGGAGGGCGUUCCACAGGGCGGGUGCCACCACCGAGAAGGCCCUCUGCCUGGUUCCCUGUAACUUGGCUUCUCGCAGGGAGGGAACCGCCAGAAGGCCCUCGGAGCUGGACCUCAGUGUCCGGGCUGAACGAUGGCAGUGUAUAUCCUUCAGGGAUACUGGGCCGUUUAGGACUUUCAAGGUCAGCACCAACACUUUGAAUUGUGAUCGGAAACGUACUGGGAGCCAAUGUAGGUCUUUCAAGACCAGUGUUAUGUGGUCCCAGCGGCCGCUCCCAGUCACAAGUCUGGCUGCCUCAUUCUGGAUUAAUUGCAGUUUCCGGGUCACCUUCAAAGGUAGCCCCACAUAGAGCGCAUUGCAGUAGUCCAAGCGGGAGAUAACCAGAGCAUGUACCACUCUGGUGAGACAGUCUGCGGGUGAUAAGGGUCUUAUCCUGCGUCCCAGAUGGAGCUGGUAGACAGCUGUCCUGGACACAGAAUUGCGCCUCCGUGGACAGCGGUGAGUUCAGAAUGACUCCCAGGCUGCACACCUGGUCCUUCAGGGGCACAGCUACCCCAUUCAGGACCAGGGAGUCCUCCACACGCGCCUGCCUCCUUGCAGCUGAAUCAGGCCAAUACCCCUUCUGGCCCAGCUUCCUAUCUUCACAGGGACCAACCGGGUGCCUCAAGUGGGAGCCGAGUUCAAGAGCAGACCUCUCCCCUCCUGUAGUUUCCCGCAACUGAUACCCAGAAGCACUGCUGAGAGCACAGCCAUCCUGGCUAGGAGCCAACAAUAAUAGCCUUACACCUCCAUGAAUUUGCCUAAAGCUCUUUUAAAGCCAUCUAAGGUUGGUUGCUGUCACUGUCUCCUGUGGCAGGGAGUUCCACAGUUCGACCGUGCCUGAAGAAGGGACUUAUAUCUGUCCUGAUUCUUCCAACGUUCUGCUUUGUGGGUUGUCCACGAAUUUGAGAGUCAAGCCAGUACAGGGAGUUGUAGUUCGAAACAUCUGGAGGGUUCCAGGCUAGGGGAAGCUGGCUUAAGGAGACAACGUCAUGCCAUCGCUCACACCUGAGGAAACCUUCCUUCCCUUUCUGACACACACCCCUCACAUACCUCUCCCCCCCCCACCCAAAAGAAACCCCAUGCUCAUCCCCUUGGCCAUUAACCCCAUACACUUCUGCAGAUCACAAAAAAAUGAAGGAGGCCAUUUCUCUGCCGGAGUUUGGGGGUCAGAGAGACGCUGGCGGAAUCCACGGAUCGGACUGGGGAUUACUCGGAAAGAGGACCGGUUGCUUAGCCAUCCGGCGGCCGUUUUGUUAAGCUUUUUCGUUGUUUAGUUGUUAGAAGAAGAAAAGUCACACAAAAUGGCCACCCUUCCCCAUCUGACAUGACAACUGGGCAGGGCAGCGGUGGGGGGGAAAGAUUGUGGGGCUGUUCUCUGAGGGUCUUCGCGUUGCCCCCAUUUGGGGAGGAGACUGAAAGACUGGUUCCCCCCUCCCUCCACAGCCAACAUCUGGCUGGCCUUCAGAAACCGCGUAUUUUGUGCGUGUGGAGAUUUUUUCAUGGCGCUCCGAGAGAGGAGGGACUUUUGUGUGUGUUGGACUUGGGGAUUGUGGUCGGGGCCUUUCCUGCCUUUGGCAGGGGAACGGAACAAAACAAAAAAAAAAGAAAAAUGUGGUCUUUUUUCAGCUUUAACAGAGGUGGUUGUUUUUUUUAUCUGAGAGUUUCUUAGCUUUGUCGGUGGAAUUUUACUGUUGGACAUUGUUGAUUAUAGAAGUUCUUGUGCAGCUGG